UAAUUGGAAUAAAAAAAAACAUCAUACGUAUAUUUAUGGUUUAGUACUAUGUCAGCUUCCUGUAAAAUGGCGGCUUCCAUGAAAACCGAAAAACAACAAAUGCUGCAACGUCUGUGUUUCGUAUACGGUUGAUGACAUUUAACAUAACUGAUCAUGACAACAAGCGACGAUCUGAGUGAUUCCGAUUCUUCUCUGUCGAAAGAAAAGUCUUCUUCUAGUCAUAAAAAGAAACGUAAACAUAGUAAACACAAAAAGUCAAAACAUAAACACCACGACAAAUCCAAAGUAAGGGAGCGCAGUCCGGAGUUCCACGAUCGUCAUGUAUCUCAUGCAAAACAUACAUCUUCAGAUGACAAUAAGAGGUAUCACGACAUCAGACGAUACAAAGAUGGGGGUGCCGACACUAGCAGUAGACAUAGUGCAGGAGAUACCGACGAUAACAGUAGAUACACGCAUCAUGAAAAGCCUUCAAAACGUAGGCUAAGUGCUGUGGAACAUGAAAAGGCACGUGAUAUUUCUCACAACAAAUACAGUGAUGUAAAAGACGUGUAUGCAACAAACUUUAAGGACAAAAAUCGUCAUGGAAAAAAGGCUGCUUCAUUAGAUUCUGAUUCGGAAGAUGAGCAGCAGGACACGGACUUUGAUUUCACUCAGCAUAAGCCAUCUUUGAACAGAAUAUUUUUCAGAGAUCAGGACUUCAUAAGAAGAGGAACCAAACAGUAUGAUGAUUUUUGGGCAUUCCUGGUUAAAUAUCAAGAGUUCCAACGGAAGAAGGCAGCCAAAAAACAUCCUACAAGUAAACCAUCCUCGAGACUGGAAGAUGAGGGGAGGCUUGGCCUACCACAAACAUAUGACAACCGUUACCGCAUCAACCUGUCGUUGGUCAGCAAAGAUGUGGAACUGUUCCUCAAGAAGGGGCGACUUGUUGACUACGAUGUGGGGCGAGAACUGACCCGGGAGAGAGUGACCAAGUUCAAGGGCAUCCUGCUUCACUAUCUUGACUUCCAACAGAAACAGAAGUUCUCCAAGUUGAGGAAGAUCCGUGCAGACCAGGAGAACUUGCCCAUUUUCCAGUACAAGACCAUGAUCUGUGGUAUGGUGAAGCGCCACCAAGUGGUGGUUGUUGCCGGGGAUACAGGAUGUGGCAAGUCCACACAGGUGCCGCAGUAUCUGAUGGAGGCAGGGUUCGAGAACAUUGCCUGCACUCAGCCACGGAGGAUCGCCUGCAUCUCUCUAUCCAAGCGAGUCAGCUACGAGACGUUGAAUGAGUACGGCUCAGCUGUAGCCUUCCAGGUACGCUUUGAGAAAAGCAAAACAAGAGCCACCAAAAUCCUCUUCCUGACAGAAGGAUUGUUGCUGAGACAGAUGACAUCUGAUCCUUACCUGAAGCAGUAUGACGUCAUCGUGAUUGAUGAGGUUCAUGAGCGCCACAUCUUCACGGACUUCCUGCUUGGUGUGCUGAAGUGCAUGCUCAAGAAGAGGGAGGACCUCAAGCUGGUCCUCAUGUCUGCCACCAUCAACAUUGAGCUGUUCAGCGGGUACUUCGAGAAUGCCCCAGUCAUCCGGGUCCCUGGACGUCUUCACCCUAUUGAGUUAGAGUAUCAGCCAAUCAAACGCGAUGAGAUGACCAGUCGUGGUGAAAAGCUGGAUCCGACCCCGUACCUCCGUAUAAUGCAGACAAUUGACCACCGGUACCCGACCACAGAGAGAGGUGAUCUGCUGAUAUUUUUGAGUGGGAUGACAGAGAUUAUGACUAUUGUGGAGGCAGCCAAUCAGUACGCUCAACAGACCAAAAGAUGGAUCAUUCUCCCCCUCCACAGUGCUCUGUCAGUCCAGGAGCAGGAUAAGGUGUUUGACAUUUCUCCUGAGGGUGUGAGAAAGUGCAUUGUAUCUACGAACAUUGCAGAGACAUCAGUGACUAUCGAUGGUGUACGGUUCAUUGUUGACUCUGGCAAGGUGAAGGAAAUGAACUUUGACCCCAAGUAUAAGAUGCAGCGCCUUCAGGAGUUCUGGAUCAGUCGUGCAAGUGCGGAACAGAGGAAGGGCCGAGCAGGUCGGACUGGUCCGGGGGUUUGCUACCGCCUGUAUGCUGACACUGACUACAACUCCUUCCAGGAGUACGCCACUCCCGAGAUACAGAGGGUCACGCUGGAUACCCUCAUCCUCCAGAUGAUUUCCCUUGGAUUGCCUGAUGCAAGGAGAUUCCCUUUUAUUGAGCCUCCGGCAAUGUCCAGCAUUGAGACCUCCAUUGCGUUCCUCAAGGAGCAGGGGGCUUUGACUGACGAUGAGGCACUGACUCCUAUUGGGCAGAUGUUAUCUCAGCUACCAGUGGAUGUGGUGAUCGGCAAGAUGCUGAUCAUGGGCUCCAUCUUCCAUAUGAUAGACCCAGUGUUAACGAUUGCGGCGGCCAUGAGUGUGCAGUCUCCGUUUACCAUGAAGGCCCACCAGGACAGAGAUGCUAUUGCAGCCCGGAAGCCCUUGGAGUCGGAUCAUGGCGACCCCUUCACGUUGCUGAAUGCAGCAGAUGAGUGGAUACAGGUAAAGGCUGAGGGACGAGGAACCAAGAAGUGGUGUCAGAGACGAGGCCUUGAGGAACAAAGGUUCUAUGAGAUGAACAAACUGAAGCGACAGUUCCGAGAACUCCUGAGGGACCAUGGGCUGCUGAAUGAAGUUAAGGAAGAAGAACGCUACUAUACCAGUGAGGAACGCCGACAGCGCCAUGGGGAGAGGAAGCGUCUUGGGCAGCUGAAGAGAGAACAGAAUAAUGAGUCCAAGAAGAGGAAAGUUCUCAAGUUCACUGAGGAUGACUACCAGCUGAGUGAUGGGGACGAAGAUGACAAGGGUGAUGACAUCAAGGAUCUGGAAUUCCGGCUGUCACAUGACCUUAGUCAACUACAGGAGACAGCAAAUAAGACCCGGAGCUUCAAUCUUCGUGAUAUCAACUUGCUCAAGGUCAUCCUGUGCAGCGGGCUGUACCCCCAGGUGGCGUUGGCUGAUGACUGCAACUCCUACAAGGGCGACUCUGAGCAGGCCUUCCAUACAAAGAACAAGGCUUUCAUCCUCCUGCAUCCAACAAGUGUAUUCGCCAGCAAACCCGAGGUGCUGCGACCCAGUGACGUCAAGGACAACAAGACCACGCCCAGUGAGCUGAGGGGGAGGCUCAGCAGCAAACAUGAGGUUCUGGCAUUUGUUUCUGUCCUGGAGACCAACAAGCCUUACCUGAUCAACACGAUGCGGGUCCCAGCGCUGCAAACUAUCACCCUCUUCUCCAACUCCAUUGAUGCUAAUGCUGACUGCACCAGGUUGGUGUGUGACGGCUGGCUGGAGAUCCGGUUCCCUGAUGCGGAGUCUGCUGAUGGUGUCAUAUCCAGCAUCUUACAUCUCCGAGCCACGUGGCUGAACCUACUUCGAGUCCGCCUGGAAGACACGAUGAGUCAGAUGGAUGACCAGAGGAAGACGAGCACCAGGGCCCGGCGCCUGGAACAACUCCUCGCUCGUAAACUGGCCGAGUUCCUGGACAGUCGUGUCACGUACUCAAUACGACGGGUAAUGGCUGCCGAACAGCAGCACCUGUAUGUAGGGAUGAGUACAGAAAGUCAAGAUAAUAAGGAGAAUUCAGUUAAAGGAGGAAAACAAGUUAAUUCCUAUUUAACAGUUGGCUGCCUCCUUGAUGAUGCCUCGGCCUCCGUGUGGGGGGAAUACACAUCACACAUGCAGAAAGUGUGGGAAUGCCCACGAUGUCACAUGAGCCUGAUUGUGUCUGUGGUGGAACGCCUGCAGCAUCAGAUGGAGUGUCAGAGUGGUGAUAAGCCCUUGUCUAAAGAUGAGGAGGCUGCAGAACGUGAAUCAGAACGAGCCUCACAGCUCAACCCUCUGAGAAAGUCCUACUUCUGCCCUGAGUGUGACCGGCAGCUUUCCCUGACUGCAACAGAAAUCCUCAAACACAAGAAAUCACACAAAGUAUGAGAGCUGUCACUAGAUUGACCAACAAUUUUCCAACAAUAGAGAUUCUGAAACGCAAGAAAUCUCCCAAAGCACAAAUAUCUCUUGAUUGCCUGACAAUUGUCUUUGACUGCGACAGAGAAGCAUGUGUGUGUGUUCUCUGUUCAAGAUGGCAGUGACUUUGAGUGGCCAAAAGACAGGUUAAACUGGAUCUCAAUUCAAAAAUGGCUGCCCCCACAUGUAUUCCUGGUUAGAAUAUGCCCACAACAACCUUGUGCGGGCAACACAACAGGUUGGGUGAUCUGCACUAGACAUUCAUUACAUAAUCAGAAAUUUGGUUUCAGUUCAUGACAAGCAAAACCUUUCAAUGAUAAAGGCUAUGUCAGAUACCAGUGUCAUUCAGGAGCUGAAGGACUAUAAGAAUGAGGACAAUUUUUAUGGACAUACAACUUCUUUAUUCUGUAUAGCUGACGUCUCGACAAAGAUUCGAAUGUCGUCAAGCAAGUGGCGAAACGUCGUCUAUACAGAAUAAAGAAGUUGUAUAUCUAUAAAUAUUGUCCUCAUUCUUCAUUCUGUCAACUUCUAGAAUGCCAAUCAAAGAAGUCAUUGAAGGACUUGCUUGUGUUGUUAUCUACAAAAGGCUAUUCCGACUUCUACAGCUGUGAUACUGUAUGUGACUAUCGAACACUUUACUUGCAGUUUGAAAUUUUGUAAUGGUAAAGGUCAUUAGCAGUCUAUGAAAUGAGCCAAAAACCCAGCCAGACAUCAGGACCAUGGGCUGGCUAGCUGUAAAUUUAGACCGUCCGUACUUAUUUCAUACACUGUCAUUAGACUUCAAGUGGACUUCAAGUUUCUGAAGAGCUAGCGACAUCAUAAGCCUGACGUCUGCCCGUAGUUAUUCUUUUCAGAUUUUAUACUUUUUUAUAUAAAUUUCUUUUCAAGCACACGAUUUGGACAAAUGUAUCUAAAGAGGAAACACAUUGUGGUUAAUCAAUAUAAAACAUGUAUGAAUUCAGUGAUUCGGGUGAGACAAAUGUUUGAUUUAUUGUUUCACAAGUCUUACCAGAUAUUACUACUUGAAUAUUUAAUGAGUGGGAGUAUGGUUAACGUUUAAACGUGCAAAUAGUUCACAGUUGUCCCACAGGCCAUUGGUUUUUGCUCAUAUCUAUAUCUGGCGUUUAAACUGUUCAGGUUACGCGGGUACCAGUCGAAUUGCCCCCAGCACAUUUGGUCAAAUUGCCCUGGAUUUACCAAAGAUCUGGUGCAAUUUGAACAAAUGUGCGGGGUCAUUUUGUAGCUGGGGCAAAUCGACUGGUAUCUGGUAGCUGUGACAGCAGUACAUUUUGUUUAGACUGCAGGAAUGUAAUAACGCACAGACAUCAUACCAAUAUUUAGAAGAAUAUUUACACAGAAGUAUUCAAUACGAACUCUUUUUGUAAACGAAAUGAGAUUCUGAUGUCUUGCGUGUCACUAACAUAUCAAUAAAAAUACCUAUAUAAA